AUGGCUUUCAAGAUUGAUUCGACAGGACGACCAGUGUAUCAGUCCCGUAAUGACUUCGGGCCACUUAAAAGCCUGAGAAGUAUACCACAGCUUAUCGACUUUGGCUUGGCAACCAGACUCGAGGAAGACGACGACUACGGCAUCUGGCCUAUUCAGCCAGACCACUAUCGGGCGCCAGAGGUGAUAUUGGGUAAUGGAUGGCGAAUGCCUACGGAUAUUUGGAAUCUUGGUGUUCUAUUGUGGGAUAUGAUCGAAGGAAAAGAGCUAUUUCGGCAUAUCCAUGAUCAACAAGGUCGUUACGAUGCUAAACUACACCUCGCCGAAAUGAUAGCUUUACUCGGUCCACCCCCUCCAGAGGUCAUACAAAGGUAUCAAUAUAUGCGAGAGUACUCGUGGCCGGAACCUGUCAGACGAGAAGACGACAGAGUAUGCGAGAUCGCGGAGGAGUACUUCUGCGGCCCAUUCUUUGACAGUAAUGGUCGCUUUCUUUACGAAGACCUGAUCCCCGACCGGAAACUAUACGACACAGUUUCCUUCCUUGAAGGAAAGGAGAGGGAAGCGUUUCUGGAUCUCGCCAAGGGAAUGCUUCGCAUUGAAUUUCUCUUACUGGACAUUGCGGAGAUUGUUCGACCGAGUAUCAGCCCGCUGCAAUCUCACCUCGACCAGCUCGUUAACCAGAUGAGGGAUAACAAGGCUGUCUAA